UGUAUUUAAACAUUUAACAAUAAAAUACAUUUAACAAAUAGACAAAUGUACUGAACACUGUUUACUGUGUGUGCAGAUCGUUUGUUUUGUUUCAUAGUUUCAGUGACUUUCCUACGAUAGAUUCUCCACAAUGGCUAUAUAUAAUACAUAAGUGGGCGUGUCCACACUUUUGACUGACACUGCACAUUGACACAUUUCCUUGCGACUCUGUCGAAAACAUGCGUUUGUUUUACGAUAAAAAAGGGGCGGGGAAUUAAAAGCCAGCCAAUAAAAACAAAGCAUGAGGGUCAAACUGCAAUAAAAGUGCGCGUUCAGAUCAGGUUACCGUGCGCUCACGUUACUUAAGACCGCGUGUUUGUGCGCUAAACGCCCCUCACUGCCCCUCACUGCUCAUGCGCUUCAACUUCCCCAAACUCAAUGACUUCUCAAGGAGUCUCCGGGAUUUGAUCUGAACGGUGUUCUUCAGAUAAAGGCGCAUUGGAGCGGGAAUUCAUGUGCGCAUGGCCGGAGUUUGUGGCAAAAGCGCCGCGUCGCUCUCGGUGCUCAAGCGCUCGUUCUCGCUGCGCGCUUCCCCGCGCUCGGUGCUCGCCGGCGGGCGGCGAAGCGCGCAGGAAGGGAGGCUGGUGAGUCUUCCUCCACACCCGUUCAGGGCUCACCGACACCCCGCGUAUGUGUGUUUCUCCUGUCAGGACUCCAUGAGUGACACCCUGCGGACCUGCUACGCGUAUCUGAACCAGACGAGCCGGAGCUUCGCGGCGGUGAUCCAGGCGCUGGACGGAGAGUUACGACAUGCAGUGUGUAUAUUUUAUCUGGUUCUGCGAGCCCUGGACACCGUAGAAGAUGACAUGAGCAUCCCGCUGGAGCAGAAGGUUCCGUUACUGCACGACUUCCACACGUUUCUGUAUCAGCCCGACUGGUGCUUCACCGAGAGCAAAGAGAAGGACAGACGCGUGCUGGAGGAUUUCCCCACGAUUUCUGUGGAGUUCAGGAAUCUGGGACCGGAGUAUCAGGACGUGAUCUCAGAUAUCUGUCACCGGAUGGGAGUGGGCAUGGCAGACUUUCUGGAGAAGAAAGUGGGAUCCAUGAAGGAGUGGGACUGGUACUGUCAUUAUGUGGCGGGUCUGGUCGGGAUCGGAUUGUCUCGACUCUUCUCGGCGUCUCAGCUGGAGGAUCCUGAGGUGGGACGGGACACAGAACUGGCUAACUCCAUGGGUCUGUUCCUUCAGAAGACCAACAUCAUCAGAGAUUAUCUGGAGGACCAGCGAGAGGGACGAGCUUUCUGGCCUCAGGAGGCCUGGAGUCAGUUCACAUCACGUCUGGAAGAUUUCGCUCAUCCUCAGAACCUGAGCUCCGCCCUUUCCUGUCUGAACCUGCUGGUGACAGAUGCGCUCCGUCACGUCCCUGAUGUCAUCGCGUAUCUGUCCCGACUUCGCAACCAGAGCGUCUUUAACUUCUGUGCCAUUCCUCAGGUGAUGGCGAUAGCGACUCUUUCAGCAUGUUACAACAAUCCUCAGGUGUUUCAGGGUGUGGUGAAGAUCCGUAAGGGUCAGGCUGUGACUCUCAUGAUGCAGGCCACAAACAUGAGCGCUGUACAGAGUAUUAUGGCACAGCACACUCAAGAGAUUCUGCAGAAAGUGUCCAUGACAGAUCCCUCUCGAGAGAAGACGCUGUGUAUCCUGACUGUGAUCAGAGAGAAGAGUUUGUCUCCUGCCGCUCUGUCCUUGAGAGCACAUCACCUGUCGCCCGUCUACGUGUCGGCGGCCAUGCUGCUGGCGGCUCUCAGCUGGCAGUAUCUCAAUGCCACCGCGGGUCAGCCACCAGGGGGUGCAGACAUGCAUGGACACUGACUUUAACACACAGACACAGAGCGUCUGGGUAUCUGCUCAUAUCCUUCACUUGAGAGGGAGUUUUAAUCUCGUGAAAUUGUGACUUGAUUACGUUUCACCACAAAGUCAAAAGGGAAUCCUUUCUGUUUGGCCGAGAUUUGUUUUUUGGGUUGGACGAUUCAUCCUUAACUUCAAGGAUGAGUGCUGAAAAUGUGAGAAAUACUGUAAUGUUCUCAUUCUUGGGAGAUGUUAACUCUCAUGAAACCGGUUUUGAUUGUAUGUGUUUUAUUCUGUUGUGUGAAGCCCCUCCCUGUCAUAUUUCACCCGUAAACAAAAAGAGAGAAAUACAAAAUCCAUUGAAGGAUUAAAGUGGGAUUUUUUUGCAUGACCCAUCUGACUUUACCUUCCAACGCACCUGAAGUCUGGAAGUGAUGUGGAAGUGAAACUGUUUGAUUUGAGGGUGUUUAAGAACACACACAUAUAUAUAUAUAUUGAUCUGUGUGUGUGUCGUGUGUCACAUCUCUGCAUGUUUCAUGUGUGAUACGCGGCGGUGUGACCGUACAGCAGAUGACAGUAAAGUGACCUUAAGAUUCAGCUUUUAUGUAAAGAUCUUUGUACAUAUGCAGAUGUCAGAUGAUUUAGAUUUGCUUGUUUGUAAUGUGCAGGGUUUGAUUUGUAAAUAAAAGAUCAAAUAU